AUGGUGCUUUUGGUCGGCUGGUGGGUGGUGAUGCAGGGCGACAUGAAGAGGUAUCGGCCCAUUUGCUUGUUAUUUCUCCCGUAUGUCCUCGUGCGGUGGAGGUGGUGCACGGCGCCAUAUGGCUCACGGGUGUUCGGCGUUGCCCCUGCCGACGCAUCAGCCCCCGCCGACGCUGCCUCAGCCGACUCUGCCCAUGCCGACGCAUCAGCCCCCGACAACGCUGCCUCAGCCGACUCUGCCCAUGCCGACGCAUCAGCCCCCAACGACGCUGCCUCAGCCGACUCUGCCCAUGUCGACGCAUCAGCCCCCGCCGACGCUGCCCCUGACCCCGCCCCCGCCCAAGUGCCACCCGAGAUCAAGGCCCUGAUGGACAGUAAGGACGCCCUGCUGAACAGUAAGGACGCCCUGCUGGACAGUAAGGACGCCCUGCUCGCCUCCCAAGCGGAGAUAAUCUCUCAGCUUCGGGAAGAGCUCAAAGCCGCCAAACUUCGGGACGAGCAAGAGGCAUCCACUGCCCCGCCCUCUUUUGCUUACUGGGAUUUGCCUUUCUACUCGGACAUUGUUUCGCAGGUGAUCGGGAGAGUUUGA